CGUUCUACCGUCCGUAUUGAUGUACCGCCACUACUACGCUCGUGUUGUAACGCGAUCCGUCGAGUUUGUGGAAUUGUGAGACGCCAGUAACCGAGCGCACGCACCACGACCCGAUACCUCUUCAGGUCUCCAUGUCACGUACUUGGCGGAUGUUAUUCCACGACCACGACUAACCUCAGUCACGGUUCAGAUCGUUCAGAAAAAUGGACAAAAGUACGCAUGACACAUCGAGGACAGGUUAUCACGAAGAUGUUCCUAAUCAUUCUAAGAAGAGCAAAAAACGUUCCAGCAAGAGGAGCAGUAUGCUCGGACCUUGGAUGAAUAGUAUGCAAAAUAAUCAAAAUAACGACACCGUGCCUGGAAUGGAGUAUCAACAUCUUUUGUGGCAGUCGAAUGUUCAACAGAGUUUUGCUAACAACAGGCAGCGUCUUUUCGCUACUUCUUCCGACCCCAGCAUGUGUGGCUAUGGUCAAAUGCCUGUUACGUAUACCAUGGAACCUGUUUCACUGCCAACUAUGUACAGAUUAUAUCAACCGAUGCCAUUUUCCGGUAUAAGGACGGUUCAUAAUAGACCCAGGCGACAUUGUAAUCAAAAUCACCCCAUGAACCUGGGUACGAACUCGAUGGGGAAUGGAUAUACUAGUUUACAAGAGAAUGGAAUGGAAUCUCCUGUGCCUAUUAACUAUCAGAACGGCGAUUACGCUAGUUUGCCUCCGACUGCUAAUAAAAACGAUGGGAUAAAUGGGGACGAGCUGAAUUGUGAACAUAGGCGGUAUUCUGAUCCUGGCCUUGGGCCGGUGGAUCCUCCGGUUCAUGCUCAGAGCGAAGAUUCUGAUAGCGCUGAUUCUGGCAGCUCUAUUACCACGAUUGGACGUAGCAACAAGCUAGUCUUGUCUCUCAUCGAACAGAUGACAGAACUGAAAAAGAGUAAUAGCCAGUUGUUCAAAGAAUUAAAUGAGACGAAGUCUGAACUGGGCAGUAUGAAAACGAAACUGUCACAGUGUAAAUACGGCAGUUCUUCGGAUUACCAACCGGGAAUGUUGUCAGAUUUCAUUCGUGAGAUCAGGCAAGCCAAUAAGACGUGCGAGGAAGGGCUCGUGUCAAAAGUGAAAUCCAUGAUAGAGGAACAACUGAGUCAGAAGUCGUUAGAAAUAAGCGACUUACAUAAUAAAAUUACGAAGUUGCUGGGGGAGAAGGAGGAGAGCGACAGGCGGAUCGGCAAGUUGGAAGAAGAAUUGGCCACGCUGAAGCUCAACGCCAAUAGCAACGAAGGCCGCGAGAUCGCCGCGUUCGAGGAAGAGACGUUGGCGCUGCGACGGGAGCUGCAGGAGGCCCGGGCGUCCAAGUGCCUCGCCGAGGGCCACGCCGGAAAGUGCGUAAACGCAAGAUCAGUCACGCCUGUCGCUAAUUUCGAUGCUACGCAACCCUACGUAACCAGCACCCCCGUGCGUACCGCUCUUUCCGAUACCCAGAGCCUGAUCCCCGCGUCCUCCUCAUCGUCCCAGCGACGUUUCUCCUCUUCGUUACAUUCCCUGAACGCGGAGCUAGCUCACCACUUAGCCACGGACGAGGCUGCUCGUCAAAACGCUGAUCGCAGCGGCUUCGACAAAGAACAGAGAACCACCGACAGCCUCGAUUUUCGAGACGCCGACUGGCGAGAAGAUUCUACCAUCAAUGGCCCCGAAGCUGAAACGGAAGGUCUCGAUCGACGCGAGGAAACUAAUAUCGGAGAUAUUAAGAGAGACGGAGAAACCGGGGACGUGGAAACGAACACGAAUCCCGUUACGGAGAAGAAGCCUUUGUCGCGUGUUAAUCGCCCGAGGGUCGGUUUGAAGAAACCGAGAAAGAAGAAGGGAAAUUUGCAGACGAAGAGGUCAGCGUUCAGCGAGGAGCUGGUGGCUACGGAGAGGAACAACGAGACGGACGUCCGGAGAACGGUGAGCGAGGACGAAGAUCGGAGUCGCGUCGUUGACGAAGUCGACGACGAAACGAGACGAGCCACCAUCACCGAGAUUCCUGAAGUGGCCGUGGUCGGUGGUGGCUCCUUCGUGCCGAAAGAUCUCUGCUCGACGGGAAUCCUGACCUCCAGAGUCCUGACAGCACCUUCACGCGCGACCUACACCACCGCCUACAUUUAGGCUAUGUACGCGCGGGGCCCCAAACGCGAACCACCGACCGUCGUUGAGCAAGGGGGGCUUCAAGGGCUUGCUAGAGGCUACUACUAUGUACAAUGUCGAAUAGCACGUAGGUCUAUCGUUGAUCCACUCCUCUUCUCUCUGUACUAUAUUUUUUCGUUUCCAUCUUUCCUCAUCGUCGAUCGAACGAUCUUCGGGAUUUUAUUAUUUUAUCAUCGCAUUCUGGUGAGCUGUCCUGGUUCUAAGAUCGUUCGAAAAUUUCUACAGUACGAGAAGAGUUUCUGGUUUUUACGAAUCUCUGAAAUCGCCUAUUUAUCUGUACAUAUCGAAGAACUCUUCUUCUACUCGUUUCAGACACUUGUACAGUUCUUCACAGAGGAAUCGAGAGAAACUGAUGUAUUCCCGUUAUUAACGAUUCACGAUUAACAGAUUCGUGGAGAGCUUACGAUAUUUUUGACGAUUUUCGGCUUCUCUCGGUUUCGCGUUAUUAUAAUCAAUGUAUCGUAAUUAAUCGUACGAUAAACGUGUGUACAUGCAUUUAUUUAAUAGUGUAAAUUACGUCCGCAUCGGCAUGGCUUUCCAGCUUUUGUAGCUUGUUGUCCGAUUCCCAUACGUUUUUAUUCCACGUUCGAUGUACAUUAUUUAAAAAGCUGUUUUAAUCAAAACGUGUAAAUCAUUUAAUAAUACGGACCGUUUCAAAUUUUA